AUGGGCGACACACAGAAGGGCAAGCUUCAUCAGGAAAGUCCUGUGAGAGCAGAACUCCAUCUGUUCGCCUCCAGAAAGCUCACGGGAGAUACCCUCCAGGACGCCGAUCAAAGACAGGACCGCAAGCAGGAGCUGGAGACAGAAAGUGAGGUGGAGACAUCUUUUGGAAAGAGACAGGGAAUGGUAACUUCCUGUGGGAUGGAAGUCUGGGAGUGUGAGGACAGUGGUAGAGCCCACAUCAGCAAGGUUAUCCUUGCAGGGGACAAGCCAGACUCACCCAUGUGUGGGAACGGUGCUAUUUGGAUUCAGCAGGUGGAAGAGAAAAGCUACGAGUGUCCUGAGUGUGGGAAGAGCUUCAGCCGGAGCUCGUACCUGAGCCAGCACCAGAGGAUCCACCUGGCAGAGAAACCCUUCAGCUGCUCUGAAUGUGGGAAGAGUUUCACCCGCAACUCGGACCUGAUCAAACACCAGCGGAUCCACACUGGUGAGAAGCCCUACCAGUGCAACGAGUGUGAGAAGACCUUCAGCCAGCGGUCCAAUGUGAUCAGGCACCAGCGGACCCACACAGGAGAGAGACACUACCAAUGCAACGAAUGCGGGAAGAGCUUCAGCCAGAACUCACAUCUCAUCGUCCACCAGCGAAGCCACAAGGGUGAGAAACCCUUUAAUUGCCCCCGGUGUGAGAAAAGCUUCAGCGACCGUUCCUCUCUGAUCAUACACCGGAGAGUCCACACUGGAGAGAAGCCCCACAAGUGCCAGGAGUGCGGGAAGCGUUUCCGGGACAGCUCGGCCAUCAUUCGGCAUCAGAGGAUCCACACGGGAGAGAAACCGUAUGAGUGCACUGAGUGUGGGAAAACCUUCCGGCAGAGCUCCUCACUGGUGACCCACAUGCGAACACACACGGGCGAGAAGCCCUACAAGUGCCCCGUGUGCGGGAAAGGCUUUAGCCAGAGCUCGGCGCUCACCACUCAUCGCCGGAUCCACGGAGGGAAGGCCUUGCCCACGUACCAUGGCGGCCUCCUGCCCAACCUCUACCAGUGCAUUGAGUGUGGCCGGAGGUGCAGUGACCGCUCCACUCUGGCCAAGCACCAGACCACGCAUGCCGAGGAACGGCCCUACAUCUGUGUGGAGUGCGGGGACAGCUUCCGGCGGAGCUCGGCUCUCAACGUGCACCUGAGGAUCCACCGCGGGGAGAGACCCUACAAGUGUGAGGAGUGUGGAAAAACGUUCAGGCACAGCUCAGCCCUCGGUGCCCACCUGAGGAUCCAUGCAGGAGCCAAGCCCUACGAGUGUGGCGAGUGUGGGAAAAGCUUCCGGAAAAGCUCGACGCUUAAAGUGCAUUUGAAAAUCCAUGCAGCCAACAAACCGUAUAAAUGUACUGUGG